AUGUUAUACUAUCUCAUUAACAGCUUCAAGUCCAACAAGGACGCUAGACCUAGCCUUGAGCCACCAGACCACCAAGAUGUCUCGACUUCUGAGAAAUGGCUCGCUCACAAAAUCCAUCAAGCAACAACCACCACAACCGUCCUCAACUCAAAAAUUGCCACCACCACCGUCGUCGACGACCUAAACCCAAGCCUCACCAACCUCCGCACAGUCGUUCAAAACGACCCUCAACUCACUACCCUAGCAGACCAAAUGUUCAUCCAAGCCGCCGCCCUACAGCCCCGCGACCCGACAGAGCAACCGGCCGUCCAGUCCUUUCGCCAGUUCUUGCAGGUCGUCAACGUCAUCAUGCGCUCCGGGCCGCAGUUCUUCGACAGGCCGGGUAACGAGGACGCCAUGGGGUUCGUCGCGGCGCCGAUCAACGCGCUGCUGAAUUAUCCCAUGGGCACGGCGGCCGGGGAGAAGCUGUCCGUCAGGAGUAGCAGUGGCACCGUUGACGUUCAAGUCGACGACAACACCUCGGUCAUCGUCAACGCGUGCGAGUCGGCGCCGCUGCAAGUCGUUGCCAACCUUGCCCUCUGCGCCGACGUCACGCUGAAAGGCCAGCCGUACUCCCUGACCGACAUGCUCAACGACAACCCGCUCGCGGCGCAGUUCGUCGGCGGGACGAUCUAUCAGGCCUACCUGAGCGCCUUCAGUUACCACCGCUGGCACGCGCCACUGAGCGGGCGGAUCGUCGAGGUGGAGAUGAUCCCGGGGACGUACUUCAAUGGUCCGGAUCCGCAGGCGCCGUGCGCGGAACCCGAGGAUCGGGUUGAUGGCGAUUGUGUUCGUGGGUAUGACAGAGGUGUCUAG